AUUAGUGAAUUUCUGUCAGAGUCACUUUAUUCAUCCACAAUGACAAAGAGACGGAAGUUAGUUGCAACACCUGUAACUCGUGCGAAAACAGAAGUGAAGGAAGAAAAGGCGACUGUAGGUAGUGGUGAUGUGACAAAUGCUCGUGACCGAUUGAAGGGAGCAUUACAAGAACUUUUGGAUCAGAGUGAUGAUUCUUCAUUGUCAAGUCAUGAUGACGCAUCACAGUCAGAUGUAGUCAACCAACAAAUGGCUGUUAAGAAACCUCUAUCUGUUAAAUCUGAACCUGUGGUUGUUCCACAGCAAGCAAUACGGAAUAUACGUCCACAAAGAAAGCGUCGCCGUAGGGAGGCCAUAAAUGAUGCUGCAUUUCACCACACUUAUGUCAUGAAGCUGUAUGACCGAAGUGUGGAUUUAGCCCAGUUCAAAGAGGACACACCACUGUAUCCAAUCUGCAGGGCAUGGAUGGCUAACCAGCCUCGUAACACCAACCUCACACCAAAAUUGCGUACUCCAACUCCACCUCCACCUGAAGAUGCCCCCAGUGGAGUUGAAGGGGCAGAUUCUGAUUCAGAAAUUGUGAGAGAUACCUACAAAAUGCCACCACCUGUUCCUCUUCCUGUUGAUUCAAAAAAAUUGCGGGUGCCAUCGCCUGUACCCCAACCUAAGGAUCAGCUGAAUGCAGAUCAAGAUGUUAAACCUAACGUAAGUCGAGAGGCUCUCCUUCAUAACCACUUGAUUCACUGGACUGCAGUCCGUAAAAAGUGGCAUGCUGCAUCAUAUUUAAAUGAAGCACGUUAUAAUGAAAGUGGGCAGAUUCUAAGAGCAAUAUACAAGAGGGCACAGAAAGCAUUUGAAUGAGUGACUGGCCCACUAAGCUGCAUAGCACAUUGAGUAACAAAGUUGUGGUGACAUGUUACAUACAUUUAUUUUUAGUUUGUGAUGUAAACAUAAUUUAUGUAAUGUUUUAAGUAAUAUUUUUAGCAGUAUAGUCAACUGGUUUAUAUUUCUCAUUGCCUCAGAGCAUGAAGUUUGAACUAUACAUAAGUUUUAGAUUAUUCUGUACAUGAAUGUUUCUGAAAGUGACAGAAAGAUGUGAUUUCUUUGUAUGAAAAAUAUUGGUCUGUGAACUUCAAAUUGUGAUCUUUCUGAUUGAAUAAAGACAACCCAUGGUGAUAAAUUA